AUGUCACACAGCUCAAUAAGCGAAGGGAAGACUAAUGAGGAUGGAAGAAAUUCUAUCCACUCAUCUGAUUCCUAUGCCCAUUCUGUUGCAUCCUUCCACUUACGAGACGAUGAAUCUCAAAAUAUAACAGUCCAAUUGUCUAACCAGAUCUCACACGUUCUAUCAAAUGAGGUUGGGCAGGAAAAAAUUGAAUCCUUGGCUAGAGUUAUCUCUACCAAGACUAAGAAGCAGAUGGAAUCCUUUGAAGUCAACCAAUUGGAUUUUGAUUUGAAAGCUCUUUUGAAUUACUUGCGUUCUUCCCAAUUAGAGCAAGGUAUUGAACCUGGUGAUUCUGGUAUCGCUUUCCAUGACUUGACUGCGGUCGGUAUCGACGCUUCAGCUGCCUUCGGUCCAUCUGUCGAAGAGAUGCUUCGUUCAUGGAUGCAUUUCCCCAAUAAACUGUGGAGAAAAAUGACUCGUCAAAAGAGCGAGACUCCAUUGCGUAAUAUCAUCCAGCACUGUACUGGUGUUGUCGAAUCUGGUGAAAUGCUUUUCGUUGUCGGUAGACCUGGUGCUGGUUGUUCCACAUUAUUAAAGUGUCUCUCUGGUGAAACUAGUGAAUUAGUGGAAGUCACAGGUGACAUAUCUUAUGAUGGUCUUACCCAAGAAGAAAUGAUGCAAAAGUUCAAGGGUUACGUCAUCUACUGUCCGGAAUUAGAUUUCCAUUUCCCUAAGAUCACUGUCAAGGAAACCAUUGAUUUUGCAUUAAAAUGUAAGACUCCAAGAUCACGUAUCGAUCAUUUGUCAAGAGCUCAAUAUGUUGAUAAUAUGAGAGAUCUUUGGUGUACAGUCUUCGGUUUGACACACACUUAUGCCACCAAGGUCGGUAAUGAUGUUGUUAGAGGUGUUUCUGGUGGUGAACGUAAGCGUGUGUCUUUAGUCGAAGCUUUGGCAAUGAACGCGUCUAUCUACUCCUGGGAUAAUGCCACUCGUGGUCUUGAUGCAUCUACUGCUUUAGAAUUUGCUCAAGCUAUCCGUACAGCCACCAAUAUGAUGAAUAACUCUGCCAUUGUUGCCAUUUACCAGGCUGGUGAAAACAUUUACCAAUUAUUUGAUAAGACCACAGUUCUCUACAAUGGUAAACAAGUUUACUUCGGUCCAGCAGACGAAGCCGUUGGAUACUUUGAGAGAAUGGGUUACAUCAAGCCAAACAGAAUGACAUCUGCAGAAUUCUUAACAUCUGCUACUGUCGAUUUCGAGAACAGAACUCUAGAAGUCAGAGAAGGAUAUGAAGAAAAGAUUCCUAAGUCAUCGACGGAGAUGGAAGCCUACUGGCACAAUUCUCCAGAAUAUGCUAAAAUAACACAAUAUUUCAACGAAUACUGUCAAUCACACCCUGAAGAAGAGACUAGACAGAGAUUGGAAACGGCCAAGAAGCAAAGAUUGCAAAAGGGUCAAAGAGAAAAGUCCCAGUUCGUUGUUACUUUCUGGGCCCAAGUUUGGUAUUGUAUGAUUCGUGGUUUCCAAAGAGUCAAAGGUGAUUCCACAUAUACCAAGGUUUACUUAUCUUCCUUCUUAAUUAAAGGUUUAAUUGUGGGUUCUAUGUUCCAUAAAAUUGACCCUAAGGAGCAAUCGACUACAGAAGGUGCUUAUUCUCGUGGUGGUUUACUUUUCUAUGUCCUAUUAUUUGCCGCCGUCACAUCUUUAGCAGAAAUUUCUAACUCUUUCCAUAAUAGAGCCAUUGUGGUUAAACACAAAACGUAUUCCAUGUACCACACCUCUGCUGAAUCUCUACAGGAAAUUUUCACUGAAAUUCCUACUAAGUUUGUUGCUAUUUUGAUUCUUGCCCUUGUCUCUUACUGGAUUCCUGUUUUGAAGUACGAUGCUGGGUCAUUCUUUCAAUAUUUCCUUUACCUCUUUACAACUCAACAAUGUACUUCCUUCACCUUCAAAUUGGUUGCUACCUUGACUAAAGAUGGUGGUACUGCUCACGCUAUUGGUGGUCUAUGGGUUUUGAUGCUCUCCGUAUAUGCAGGGUUUGUGUUGCCUAUCGGUAAUAUGCAUCAUUGGAUCAGAUGGUUCCAUUACUUGAACCCUCUAACCUAUGCUUACGAAUCCCUAAUGUCAACUGAAUUCCAUGGCAGGAAAAUGUUAUGCUCCAGAUUACUUCCUUCUGGUCCUGGUUAUGAGAAUGUUUCUAUUGCGCAUAAAAUUUGUGACGCAGCAGGUGCUGUCGCAGGUCAAUUGUAUGUGUCUGGUGAUGCGUAUGUGUUGAAGAAGUACCAUUUCAGAUAUAAGCAUGCAUGGAGAGACUGGGGUAUCAACAUCGUGUGGACAUUUGGUUACAUUGUGAUGAAUGUCGUUAUGUCCGAAUAUUUGAAGCCUCUAGAAGGUGGUGGUGAUUUGCUAUUGUACAAGAGAGGUCACAUGCCAGAAUUAGGUAGUGAAAGUGUUGAUUCUAAGGUUGCAUCGAGAGAGGAAAUGAUGGAAUCUUUGAAUGGUCCUGGUGUUGAUUUAGAAAAGGUUAUUGCAUCUAAGGAUGUGUUUACAUGGAACCAUUUGAACUACACCAUUCCAUACGAUGGUGCAACCAGACAAUUGUUGAGUGAUGUGUUCGGUUAUGUGAAGCCUGGUAAGAUGACAGCCCUUAUGGGUGAAUCCGGUGCAGGUAAGACAACUUUGUUAAAUGUUUUAGCUCAAAGAAUUAACGUCGGUGUUAUCACUGGUGAUAUGUUAGUGAAUGCCAAGCCAUUACCACCUUCUUUCAAUAGAUCUUGUGGUUACGUUGCUCAAGCAGAUAACCAUAUGGGUGAACUCUCUGUGAGAGAAUCUUUGAGAUUCGCAGCUGAAUUGAGACAACCUAAGUCUGUUCCUCUACAAGAGAAGUAUGACUACGUGGAGAAGAUCAUCUCUUUGUUGGGUAUGGAAAAGUAUGCUGAAGCCAUCAUUGGUAAGACCGGUAGAGGUUUAAAUGUCGAACAAAGAAAGAAGCUUUCUAUUGGUGUUGAAUUGGUUGCAAAGCCAUCAUUGUUAUUGUUUUUGGAUGAACCUACAUCCGGUUUGGAUUCUCAAUCUGCUUGGUCUAUUGUUCAAUUUAUGAGAGCUCUAGCAGAUUCUGGGCAAUCUAUUUUGUGUACUAUCCAUCAACCUUCUGCCACUUUGUUCGAACAAUUUGAUAGAUUAUUGUUGUUAAAGAAGGGUGGUAAGAUGGUGUACUUUGGUGACAUUGGUGAGAAUUCUUCGACCUUGUUGAACUACUUCGAACGUCAAUCUGGUGUGAAGUGUGGUAAGUCCGAGAACCCUGCUGAAUAUAUGUUGAACUGUAUUGGUGCUGGUGCUACUGCCUCUGCCGACGCUGACUGGCACGACCUAUGGCUACAAUCACCAGAAUGUGCAGCUGCUAGAGAGGAAGUGGAAGAACUUCACAGAACUCUUGCAUCCAGACCGGUUACUGAUGAUAAGGAAUUAGCUGGAAGAUAUGCAGCAAGUUAUUUGACUCAAAUGAAGUGUGUCUUCAGAAGAACCAACAUUCAAUUCUGGAGAUCUCCAGUGUACAUUAGAGCCAAGUUUUUGGAAUGUGUGCUGUGUGCCUUAUUUGUCGGUUUGUCUUACGUUGGUGUCGACCACUCUAUUGCUGGUGCCUCUCAGUCUUUCGCUUCCAUUUUCAUGAUGUUGUUGAUCGCCCUUGCUAUGAUCAACCAAUUGCAUGUGUUUGCUCUUGAUUCCAGAGAACUUUACGAAGUGAGAGAAUCAGCUUCGAAUACAUUCCACUGGUCCGCUUUGCUAAUAUGCCACUGUGUUGUUGAGAUUAUGUGGUCUACACUUUGUGAAUUCCUCUGCUGGAUUUGUUACUACUGGCCUGCACAAUAUACCGGUCGUGCUUCGCAUGCUGGUUACUUCUUUUUGAUCUAUGUGAUUAUGUUCCCUGCUUACUUUGUUUCUUAUGGGUGCUGGGUGUUUUACAUGUCUCCAGAUGUUCCAUCUGCAUCUAUGAUUAAUUCGAACUUGUUCGCUGGUAUGUUGUUGUUCUGCGGUAUUUUACAACCAAGGGAUAAGAUGCCAGGUUUCUGGAAGAAAUUUAUGUAUAAUGUCUCUCCUUUGACGUACAUUGUGCAGUCGUUGGUCACUCCUCUUGUUCAAGGUAAGAAAGUUAGAUGUACCAAGAAUGAAUUUGCUGUUGUGAAUCCUCCGGAAGGCCAAACAUGCGGCCAAUAUUUCACUACAUUUAUCAAAGACAAUACUGGGUACUUGAAAAAUCCAGAUGAUACCGAAAGCUGUCAUUACUGUCCAUACAGCUACCAGCAAGAAGUUGUCGAGCAAUACAACGUCAGAUGGACUUACAGAUGGAGAAACUUUGGUUUCUUGUGGGCUUACAUUGGCUUUAACUUCUUUGCUAUGUUGGCAUGUUACUGGGUCUUGAGAGUCAAGAACUACUCUCUCACCAGCAUAUUUGGAGUCUUUAAGAUUGGCCACUGGAAAAACGUUACAUCAAAACCUAAGCCAAGACAUGAAAAGGACCAUACAAUAUUCGAGGAAAAGGCCGGUGACGCUGCUAAUGUCAAGAAGAAUGGAGCAUAG